CCAAGCAGAUUUGGAUGACUUCUUUUAGGGAAACGUGCACUCGGUCUGCCUGCUUUGGCUGGUGUGUGGGCAUCAGACGCCACAGCUGCACCAUGGAACACAGACGGUGGGAAAUAAGCCUUUUCUUGCUGCUGCACGUGCAAAGUCUUCUUGUCUCAGCUUGGCCUCCCAGAUGUGACGCACGGAUCCGAGGUCACUGCAGUCCAAUAUUGGAAGAAAAACCCAAAUGCACGGACAUCCAGCUGUCGUACUGCGAAGACAUGACGUACUCCCAGACCCUCUUCCCCAACAUCCUGGGCCACAGCACUCGCCAAGAGGCCGAGAGCGGCGUGGAGUACCUUCUCAUGAGCGUUGUCGAGUCACUGCUGGGCGGAGAGUGCCAACCAGAGAUCCGCAUGCUGGGUUGCUCCGUGUUAGCGCCACGCUGCGAGAAGGACAAGGUGGUGAAGCCUUGUCGCUCCACCUGCGAGGCGCUGCAGAAAAGGUGCGUCCACGCCUUUGAGGCCAUCGAAAUGGCCUGGCCCUACUUCCUGGACUGCGAUCGCUUCUUCGUGGGGGAGGAAGAAGGAUGCUACGACCCCAUCAAGGAUCUCAAAGCGCAGUCCGAUGGAGACUAUGAUUACUUCCUGCUCGACGUUCCUCCGGUGGAGCCGGCCUUGAAGAUCAAGUUCACCUACCACACCAACGCUCAGAUGAACAGCGUCCUGAAGAAAACCCAGCAGGAAUGUGCCGACAUUGCCAAAACCUACAGCGUCGGCCGCAGCAUGGAGGGCAGGGAGCUGCUGGUCAUCGAGUUCUCCAACAACCCCGGACAACAUGAUUUACUUGAGCCAGAGAUAAAGUUUGUGGCCAACAUUCACGGCGAUGAAGCCGUGGGCCGACAGCUGCUCAUCUACCUGGCUCAGCACCUUUGUUCGGAAUAUCGCCUUGGAAACGAACGUGUGCGGACGCUCAUCAACACCACUCGCAUCCACAUCCUGCCCUCCAUCAACCCUGACGGCUUUGAGUUUGCUUUAUCCGGACAAAACGACAGGAACGGCGGCGAUGAAGACGACGAUGAGAGUCAAAGAUAUAUUUCUUCCAACGUUGGCCGAAACAACGCCCAGAACAUCGAUCUGAACCGAAACUUCCCUGAUUUGACGUCCAUCGUUUACAGCCGACGUCGGCAAAAGGCUUACCGCACAGACCACGUACCCAUCCCUGACCAUUACUGGUUCGGCAAGGUAGCACCUGAGACAUACGCCGUGAUGAAAUGGAUCCGAUCUAUCCCAUUCGUGUUGUCCGCUAACUUCCACGGAGGAGAUCUGGUGGUAUCGUAUCCUUACGAUCGCUCCAAACACCCGCUGGAUGUUAAUCUCUUGUCUCCUACGCCAGACGACAAGGUGUUCAAGUUCCUGGCCAAAACCUACGCAAGCACCCAUGAAAGCAUGUACACCGGAAACACUCCCUGUGGGUCCGCUCACACCCACAGCCAGAGGGGGACCGUGAACGGAGCACAGUGGUCAAGCAAUGCAGGAGGCAUGCAAGACUUUAACUAUCUCCACACCAACUGCUUCGAGGUGACGAUGGAGUUGGGCUGCGAUAAAUUUCCCCCGGAGGACGACCUGUUCAUCAGCUGGCACGAGAACCAGGAAGCCAUGCUGUCCUUCAUAGAAGCGGCCCAUCGAGGGAUCAAAGGCAUCGUGAAAGACGUGGAGGGAAACGGCAUCAAAGGCGCCAAGAUCGCAGUGCGAGGGAUACGUCACAACAUCGCUGCAACUGACCAGGGGGAGUACUGGCGCCUCCUCACCCCAGGCACCCACAUAGUGACGGCCACGGCGCUGGGCUACACGCGGGCAACCAAGAUGGUCCAGAUCCCGCCCACGAUGCACAGCGCGGGGCGAGUGGACUUCGUGUUGGAGAAGGUGGCGAUGGAGCCUCUCCAGCUGCAGGAGGAGGAGGAGGAGGCGGCCGCCUACAACCGCUUCGACCCCAACAACCAGUACGAACGCUACAUUCAGAUGGCCGACAUCAGCUCCGCCGGAGAGGAGCGCGUGGAGAAGCCCUGGUGGUGGAGCUACUUUGUCCUGCCGGGCGUGCCCUCUCCCACCUGGCUGCUUAAAAGUCACUAAAUUGACCACUUUUUCACCAUUCUGCAACUCAUUUCAGCGCUUACACGUCUCUUUCCUCCUCAUUUUCUUUCUUCAUAUUUAUAGUUCGCACUUUCUUUGUAUAAAUCUAACAUUACUCUGGUGCUGUAAUCAAGGCAGCUGGCCACUAGAGGGCGACAAUACUCAACUAUUUGCUCAGAUAGGGCCUUGUUAUUGUGUUUUUUCCCCUGUAAAUAAACACACAUAUUUUUGAUGACUUUUCA